AUGGAUCGCAAUCGUGUUCCUAUUAUGGCGGAUUCCUUGCUUUCCUCCAUAGCCACCUUUCAUACGACGAAGAUCAUCAUCACUGACCCCACAAAGUUUUCGUACAUCGACUCAAUUCCUGAAACCAUGCUCGGUAGUAUCUCUGCAACCAAUAACGUACUUCAGCAGUAUAGGAAGCGUAAAGCUAUUGGUCCACGUGAACUUAUGCCGGUGAUGCUUCGUUCAAUUGAAGGAGCUGAUAAACCAGCCAAAAGGGGCAAGAAACCUGAAUUACAGAAGGAGGGACCUGUAACAAAACCAUCCAAGGGGCAGACCCCCAAGAAGAGGAAGACUGAUAAAGCUGCUCCUUCUCUACCUCAACCUAAAAAGCAGAAGAAGCCUGCUAGGAAACUUAUUCUUCAAUCCUCAAGUAGUUCGAAUUCAGAAUAUGUUCCUCCUAGGCAGAAGAACGCUCCAUACUCUGAGAACGAAAGUUCUGAUGAAGAGGUUGUGGGUCGAGGCGACACUCCACCUCGCUCCCCUACUCCAGAAAUUCCAGUUCGUUCUUUGCCUCCUUCACCUCCACCUAUUACAAUUCCUGCUUCUAUCCCUCCUGUCUCUCAAACAACCACUUCUCAACCCUUCACUUCAAAACCUAUUCCCACUCCCAUUUUCACAAAUACAAACUCUACCACCACCACAAAACCUACCUUCACUAUUCCCAAACCACCAGUAACCGAACCUACUUUUACAACCCAACCUCCACCAACAACCGAACCUCCAACUACUUCUAAACCCUUAUCUCCCACACCUUCUAUAGACACAACCCCAAUUUUGGGCGGUGAGGACUUGGAGUUCGACUCUACAUACUUCAGUCCAUAUCGAGUCCAGAGUGAGGAUGAUGACGAUGAGCCUGUCACCAAAAGUCAUCUCAAAGUAGUAAACGACAAGCUAGAUCAACUGCUUUCCUCAUCUUCCUUCGGGGCUUAUUCAGAUGCUGCAUUGAAGGCCUUGUUCUCCUCAGUUGCUGCUGAACAUUCAGCCUCCUUAACUGCUGCAGCCAAGCCUAUUGAAGCCUCCACUUCUCAGUGUCAACAGGCCUCUCGUGUUGUUGAUGCCUCUACAAAGGAGUGCAAGGAAGCGAACGCAAUAGUCGAUAAACUAGUUUCCCAGGCUCACAUAUUUUUAUACUCUUUGCAGGCUGCUGCUGCCAAGAAUGAUGCUACAGUUACUUCUUCUAUAGAAACUCUUCAACAAACUCUUCAGUCUGAAUGCUCGAAGGUUGAAGCAGCACGCCUUGCUAUUGAACAGGCGAAUGACGCGUUCCAUGCUAAUUUCAACGAACUCUUAUCUCAACUACAAGCGGACUUAGCUAUGGAAAAUGGUGUUAUGGAUGAGGUUUCCAGACGCACAAAUCAGCUUAAAUUACAAACUCACAAGCUGCGAACUGCUCGUGCUGAGAUUGAUGACCUCAAGUCAGAGAGGGAGGUUAUAAGGAGUUUUGCUACAGAUGUUCCCUCCAUCCUUCUUCAUCUAAUUGAAGUUCAUGAUCCCCUUGUCACUAUCACCACCCAAAGGCAUUUGGCAGAAAAGCUCCGAUCGACACUAGACGUCCUCAGCCGAAUCGAGGGUGUUUCGCAAAAAAAGCAAGAAACAAAUCAACCUCCUCCUUCUACCUCCAAGACAGCUGCUGAACCGAAGGGUAAUGAAGCUUUGGUUAGCAAUAAGGAGAAGAAAAAGAAGAAAAUCGGUGAAGAUGAUACCGACAACGAAGAAGAUGAUGUCUACGUUGAAGUUCUUAGGAAGCCUAUCCCAAAGGUUGAUUCUUCAGAAAAACGAACUGGAGAAAUGUCCAAGAAGGAGAGGGCUGAGCUAAAACAGAAGUGA